AUCAAUAAAACAUGACAAAAUUUCAACUGUUUCAUGUCAAGACACAAUAUUCGACGACGUUACAGGCAGGUAAUAACUGAAAAAUUCCAACUCGUACGAAAUCAUCGGUACUAAAAUAUUUAUUUACCCAGCUGUCGAAAAACGCAUUUUUCCAACCAACGAAUCCUUCAAAGACACGUCUUUAAAAAUUUAUACGAGCGAUGCCAAUAAAUCCAAAAAACAGACUUUAAUCACAUGAUCAGAAUAACUACAAUAUGAAUACAAAAACAGCCUACUCCCUGUACGAUUUCUUAUUACUUCAUUGAUUUUUAGUUUGGACCGACUAGAAAGAAGAUUGUGUAGUAGAAUUCCUUCAAAUUCAAGAAUAAGUAUAAUCCAAAAUGAAAGCUUUUCGCGCAUUAUUAUUGUUCGUGGCGUAUGUCAGCGUUGAUUCUCACUAUUGCGAUCCUUUAGCAGCAGACACUUAUAAGAAACCUGGCGCUGAUCCAGACAAAGGUGACCAGCACAUUCCGUUGGGUGCUUUCUUACGCUUACCAAGGGCUCGCUAUUUUGUUUCCCACGCAACUUUAAGUAAACUGCCAAAGGCCAAUAGCUUUUGUAGCGCUACUUCACAUGGAGAAGAAUGUGGUGCAAUAGAAUUUUUCCGAGAAAUAACAGAUGGUCCUGACGAUCCAACAAGUGAAAAAGGAGCGAAUAAACUCAAAUUUAACACCGUUUUCGUAGGAGUCAAAGAAGAAGAAACAGAAGCUGUCGAAUAUACCGUGCUAAUGAACGGAAUUGACGAAGAUGAUUAUAUUAUCCAAGCCGAUCCAAACGUAGCUAUCCAAGCUGUUCGAAUUCAUAAAGAUGGUAGAAGAGUCGACAUCGAAGAGGAAAAUAUUCCACCCGAAAUUAUAGAAUCAUUGAGAAAGCCAUACGGUUUGUUUCACUCCGAAGAACACAGUUUUACUGUAUACUGUACAUGCGAUGGCACAACUAUUUGGGUAUCGUAUUCCCGGAAAUACAUUGAGAAAGGGAAACUCCUCGAAAAAGACCCUGCACUGGACAUAGUCUUGGAAAACCUGAAAGCUCGUGCUUGGGAAAUCAGAAAGGAGGCCGGUAUAGAAAAAGAAGAACCUGAAAUUCGAGGUAUUCCAACCAUUAUAAAGAAUGAAAAUUUCUACAAAAUGAUUCCUGUUCCUUGAAGCUCCGCGCAAAUCUUAAGCAUUUUCAGUCUUCUUUUUAUUUCUAAGUACACACCUAUUAUUCAUUUAAGUUAAUUUUCACCGUCUGAUAUGUAUUUCGCAGUUUAUUAUCUAGAUUGGUUUAUAUUUUUAAUUAGGUUCCUUUUCUCGUUUUAUCUAUACGUAUUAUUGUAAACGUGAUGGCGUUUUAAAUUACACAGUGUGAUGCAGUU